AUCCCGCCAGGGCCCCCCGUCUCCCAUCUUGCCCUUUUUCCCACCUUUUCUUUGAUAGUUUGUGAAGGAUAUAUAUCCACCCUUGCUCAAUCUAACUGAGGCUUUACUGCUACUGCGUGAUGGAUUUGUUAAAGGAGGGGUUUUUGGGCAAUCUGCAAACCCGGGAGAACCGUGUUUUCGAUGACAAUCCGAAGAUUGCGAAUAACAAUCUCACGACUCAUGGGUCGGAUUGGUUGUGGUCCGUUACGGCCUUUUUCGGCUUCAUCCUUCUGGGGGUGAUUGUUUGGACCUAUACGACCAGUCCUCGACGUCGCGUGUUUCAUUACUUUUCGAUCGCGAUAUUGCUUGUUGGUACAAUCUACUACUAUGCUAUGGCUAGUAAUCUGGGUGGACACGCUGUGCCCGUCCAAUUCAGACGCGAUGGACUGCUGAGCCGGACGAGACAGGUAUUCUGGGUGCGCUGGAUCGGAUACUUUAUCAACUUCAGCUUGAUCUUCUUUGCGCUGUUGCUCUUAUCCGGUGUUGGAUGGGCUUCUAUUCUAUUCACGAUCGGUUUGACAAUGCUUUGGGCAGUAAUGCUACUCGUCGGCGGUCUCGUUCGUUCAGACUAUAAAUGGGGAUUCUACGUCUUUGCAUUAUUGGUCUACUUCUUCAUCCUCUGGCAAGUUCUAGGCGUCGCUAGGAAGUACGCUAGCAGGGUGGAUGCAGGCGUUCACAAGAUAUUUUCCGGACUAGCUGCGUACACACUAUUUUUCAUGCUCCUAUAUCCCAUCUCCUGGGGCCUCUCCGAAGGCGGAAACGUCAUUCAAAAUGACUCGUCGGCCGUCUUCUACGGCGUCCUGGACGUUUUUUCCCAAGGAUUGUUCGCCCUGGCUUUGAUCUUUGCCACACGGGAUCUCGAUUUUGGGCGCAUGAGGCUGGAGUUUAUGGAGUAUGGUCGUAUCCACGACCACGGUCGCUGGGAUCAACAUGAGAAGGUGCCGCAUCAUAAUCAUAAUCCACAUAACAACUUGCAUGAUGGUGCGCCUGGUGGAACGGUUGGUGGGACUGGAGGGAAUAUUGUUUAGUUUGUUUUUCACUUAUCUUUUAUGUUUUUAUCAUUUUUGUUUUCUGUUCUGGUGGGGUUGGCUGGACGGGUUCCGGGAUGGGGAGAUAUCAUACUAGGGUUUUGAAAAUAGUUGGAUUUGUGGUGGUGGAGGUGGGAUUAAUGGUAAUUUACGGCGGUAUUUAAGGGCAAAGGCCCAGGAAUAACAAAAAAAAACUAUGCAGAAAUGGUUGCACCACUCCAAAUAUUCCUCUGGAGUCAAGAAUAAAGCGACUUAAGUAGU